AUGAUAGGACUAUUGGGAAUCAACGAUGACCUUGUGGGUAAAAGUAAGAUGCAGAGAAUCAAAAUUAUUACGAAAACCAUCGACAGCAAAAUGGCGGGCGAUGAAAAGGAAGCACGAGCGUGCCUCGAACAGCUACUUGCUUUUGUGACUGGCAAUGUACUGCCUCUCGAAGAGGUAGAGCAAAAACCAGCAGCUUCAGGAGUAAAAACGGAGAAACAAUCUUCUGACGGAGGACCUAAACAAGAAAAGGGAAUGGAAGAUAUAUUGAGUCAGUUAGCGAAAACAAAGUCAAGUUCAUCUUUGCUACGUCGCGAAUUUAAGAUUUCUGGUCAAAUCGGCGAACCAGGGCAAACAGAGAAACUAACCUUUGUUUCCUUAAUGCACCAAAUAGACUAAGGGCUAAAACGUGAUUACCAAGAAAAUGAAAUUGUGGAUGUAGUGAUUCGUGCCAUCUCUCCACACAGUCUUCGGAGCUAUGUUGAGACUCUAAGUGACCUCUCACUAGCUAAGCUACGAAGGAUCCUUCGAGUCCAUUAUAGAGAGAAAACAGCCUCAGAAGUAUAUCAGCAAUUGGCCACCGUGUGCCAACACAGUGGUGGUGAAUCCCUACAACAGUUCAUUCUCCGUGCGCUGGAUUUGCAUAACAAGGUGAAUUUUGCGAGUUCAAUCACGGUGCAUCCCUGAUUCAGAAAACCUUUGUAAAAUCAUUUGAAACUGGUCUUCGUGAUGACAUCCUUGCAUCUAACUUAAGACCCACCUUACGCACCUCGGGACUCACCGAUGAAGAGCUCAUGCGGCAGGUGAAUGAACUAGCCUCGCAACAAGCAGAAAGGAGUUCCAAGCUGGCUAGUGAAUGCCAAAAGUCUUCCAAAGUUCAUACAUGUGAGGUAGGCAAAGACGAGAGAGAAGCAAGAGCUAAGAAUGCAACUAAAGAUGGAGGUCAGCAGCUUUUGCUAGAGAUCCGUCACAUGAAGUCAGAGAUAAAUGAUCUCAAGGAUCAAGUCAAUCGUCGAGGGAGCCAAGAAGAAAAUUCUAACUGGCGUGGGCCAUCCUACAGGGGCCGUGGGCGUGGUUAUCAGCCAACCCGUACAAGU